AAUACACGCAACACAACAUUACAUUGUCCCCUGUAAUCGCUAGCGGUGGUGUGACAAAGCUUUCGGAGGGUUGAACGCGGGUUUCGCGACUCCUCCUCUUCGUCCGCUACCGACUUGGCACGCGGCCCCAGAAUGCUAGCUGCAAAACGUCUCAGUCACAGCACCCGCGGGGCCUCGGCCUCCCGCGGGGGCGGACGCGCGGUGCGGACCCUGGCGAUGUCGAAUACCCCCUCUUCCGAGCAGCCCGAAUACCGGCCCGUGGCGCUUCCAUCUGGCACGCUAUGGCUGCUGGACUCCAUGCAGGAUGCUUACUACAACGUGCGUGGGUCGCACUUCGUCAUUCCGCGCGUGGAGGAGCGCGAAACCGCGCAGGAGUCCACGCGGGCGUGCCGUGCCAAGUUCGUGCGAAACAAGUCUCUGCCGGCGCUACGUCGCGUGGCGCGCGCCCCCGGGCCCUCCUCCCUCAGCCUCAUCCAACAGGCUAUCGCGCAGCAGCCCAUGGCGCUCACCAUCAUUAGUGACGGGCCGCUUGUGGACGUGGAGGUGGAUGUGCACGAGGAACAGCAGCAGCAGCCCGCGCCCGCGCCUGUGCCCAGCAGCACCUGCACCGGCAUCGUACACGUUCCCAACAGCAACUCCGCGGAGGCAGAUGCUGAGGAGACGUACCAGACCUCCAGCAGCUCUCCCCGUCGCACGAAGAUGCUUCGCUUCACCUGCUUGGCGGACGGCUGCAAGGCGGUGAACGUCAAGCCAAUCAGCCCGGAGGCCUUCGCCAAGGGCACCGUGUUCGCGCAGUGCGCCAAGUGCGGCAAGUGGCACCUGAUCAAAGACCACCUGAAGCUGUGGGACCAGUCCAAGCGCACGGUGUACCGCCGCGGCAAGCGCAUGCCGCCACCGCUGACGCUGGAGGAGGUGCCCGAGGCGCUGCGCCCUGCCAUUGAGGACCUGGACUUCUUCGCCAACGGCGGCCAGGUGGGCGGCUUCGAGCCGCCGCUGCCGCCCAGCGUGCUUUAACGACUGCAAGGGUCGGUCGCUGGUGGCAGCAGCGCAUCAGCAGAAGCGGUUGAGGAAGCGCUGGGCUGCUGGCCGUCGCCGUGAGGGGUAUAAGCCCCACCGCGAGUCGGCACGUGCAGGGCCAAGGGCCAACGUGCAUGUACGCAGUACGCAUCGGCACGUGCGCAGGUGGAUUUGGGGGCGCUGCUGGGAAAGGCGGGUGCGAGCUUUGCCCCACCCGUGGUGGUGUGUGCUCUUCAUACAGCACGCAUAUAGUCUAGUUUUUUAAGAUUGCUAAUGAAAAUCCUGUAUCUCUACUGCUUGGGCCGUGUAGUUCCUAGAAAUGUAGCUCUUACAUGACAUGUACAACACAGUGCGGGCGGGGGGAAACGCGUUUCCGACCAACAAUUGUUGGGACUUGAUGUUGUAUAUGCGGUAGUUGUCAAGUGUGCAGUUGUAACCGUGUUACCCAGGGUGCCUCAGAUGGUGGGUGUGCUGUGGGUUGAGCCGAAGGCAGGCCGCCUUUCCCGUUUCCACAUCCGGGUUUGUGCUGAAGGGGAGGCCGAGAGGGUUUGUUGCGUGGAACGUCCAUGCGAUGUAUACGAUGGUUGUGGAGCUGUUACAGUGGCUGUUGAUGUGGAGUAUGGCGCGAUGGAUGCGGUAUCUUUGCCCAGUACCGCACCGGCCAUGGUUGUGAGGCACUGGGGCAAGUGGUUACAAGAAAGAGCUAUUGUGGACAGCAUUUGCAUGAAUUGCAUCUGUGCGUGUGUACGGGCCUGCCGUCCGGGCACUGGCGCAGCAGCGCUGUGGUGUUAGGGUCGCCCAAUGUUUAGGAUACGGUUGUAACAGACGAACAGGGCAUAAUGGCAGAAUGUCGGAGGUCGGCAGGCAUGCUCUUACUGACUGAAUGUGUGUGUGUGGGGGGGGGCCGUGUCGGCGCCGCGUUCGGGAACUCGGGAAGUUGACCGGUGCAGCUGUCAUAGGCCGGCCGGCGUCCUUCAGGCCCGCUCCAGGUGCGGUGGAGGAGAGUGCAGGAGGGUGGACUGGGUGGACGCCUGUGCCCAGCAUGUUCUCUUCAGCGCCAUUGCUUGCCCUGCGCUGGUUGCAAAGAUAUGUUGUUAACAUUUUAUAGUAGCUGAAUACAGGGCCCAGUUUGCAGGCCCAGGCACGUGCUAUCCGUUCGCAAGUGGGUUCCUCCGCUGGUUCAAUAACAAUUAUUC